UUUCUGGGUCCAAAAUCUCACUUUCCAUUUAUGAUUUUCAAUGUUCAUUUGGUUUCUUCCCCAAUCACUGUGAGCCCACCAACCCCACCCAUCCGAAUUCCACUUUAAUUCUCUCUCUCUUUCGAUAGCGAUGCGAAUUUGAGUUUCCCAUCUCUUUCAAAUGCGAUUCCUCCUCUUCCCUCCCUUUCCGUCUGUUCAUCGUUUUGAGAUCGCUGUCUCUUCGAUCCUUUGCCGGAGAUUGAAACCCAUUUUUUCUCGAGGUUUUUCCGAUUGAGUCACGCUGUUUGUUAUUUUGGGGACGUCGGCAAAAUUCUCCUCUCUGAUCAUAACGAUUUAACAUUACGAUUCUUCCAUCGUUUCUUCAACUUGGGUUUCCUUCGAAUGCCUGAACUGUGGCAGAUUUUUGCACAGUUCGUUCACCAGUGAUCAAUCCAAGAAACUGGGUGUUGGGCGGUGAUUUUGUGGGUAUUUAACUCGUGCCCUCUGUGUUUGUUGUGCAGUUGAGUAGGAAUUGAGAGGAUCAAAACUGGGAAAACUGAAAAAAUCUGUGCUUGUUUUCUUUAUUUUGGAGCCUCAGCAGCAAUGGCUCGGAAUAGGGUAGAGAAGGAGGAAGGAGAGAAGCACCUUGGUUUGCUGAAACUGAUGCAGACUCUGUCGUUUUUGGUUGUUUUUGUGGCUGGGGUUGUCAUUGGAUUAGCAACAACUUCCCACAUUAGCAGAUACUUCACCUCACAGUCUGAGCUCUACUCUCUUAUCAAUCAUUUUUCGGUUCCCAACAGUCUGGCGGAGGAAAAUUGCUCUGGUUCAGACAUGUGCGAGAAAAGGGAUUGUUCAAGCUUCCAAACGUUCAUCCAUCCAGAAAAUCUGACUCAUGCCAUGUCUGACGAUGAGCUCUUCUGGAGAGCUUCAAUGGAGUCAAAGAGAGAGAAUUAUUAUCCCUUCAAACGGGUGCCAAAAGUGGCCUUCAUGUUCUUGACCAGAGGCCCACUGCCCCUGCUGCCAUUAUGGGAGAGGUUUUUUGCUGGCCAUGGGAAGCUGUUUUCUAUUUAUGUUCAUGCCCUUCCAGGUUAUGAGCUGAAUGUGUCCAGCAGCUCUGUUUUCUACAGACGGCAAAUCCCCAGCCAGCAUGUUUCUUGGGGCACGGUAUCGCUUGCUGAUGCUGAGAGGCGCCUUCUAGCAAAUGCUCUGCUCGACUUUUCAAAUGAGCGUUUUGUUUUGCUUUCCGAGAGCUGUAUCCCAGUGUACAACUUUCAAACAGUCUACAAGUAUCUAAUAAAUUCUGCCCACAGUUUUGUAGAAUCAUAUGAUGAACCCACCCGAUACGGGCGCGGUCGCUAUAGUCGCAAAAUGCUUCCAGAUAUUAAGCUCCAGCAUUGGCGAAAAGGGUCCCAGUGGUUUGAAAUCAGCCGUGCUCUGGCUGUUUAUAUUGUUGCAGACACCAAAUACUACACUCUGUUUAAGAAGUUCUGUAAGCCUGCUUGCUACCCAGAUGAGCAUUAUAUCCCUACUUACUUGAACAUGUUUCACGGUUCUCUUAAUUCAAAUCGAACGGUGACCUGGGUCGAUUGGUCGCUGGGAGGCCCGCAUCCUGCAAUGUAUGGACCAGCUAACAUCACUGAAAGUUUUUUACAGUCUAUAAGAAAGAAUGGGACACAGUGCCUAUACAAUUCAGAAUUGACUUCAGUUUGUUACCUCUUUGCUCGGAAGUUUUCUCCAUCUGCCCUGGGGCCCUUACUUAACCUGACCUCAUCAGUAUUGAAAAUUUGAACAUUCUAGUUAAAAGUAGACACAUCUAUUUUUCUUCUUUAUUUCCUUUAUUUAUUUUUUUUUGGGAGGGGGAUGGAUUAACCAAGUUCCUAGGCUUUGGUUGGCACAUUUUGUUCUAGUUGCCCAACUACAUUGGUGGAAGAAUGAUUCAGUUUUGGUUCAAUUGUAUAGAAUUUUGUUGAGAGAUUUGAGUUCCUUGAGAGGAACGUUUGCAGCAACUGAAUCCUUCGAAGAAGGAAAGAAUCUAGUGUAGUAAUAUUAUUUUAUUUGUUGCC